AUGGCGCCAGUAGCACCAAUCUCCAACACCCUCUCGGGCCUCGCAGCCGCUGCAGGUCUCACACCGCGCCACCCAUCAGACCUAUCACCAACGAGAACCCUCCCCUCCUCCAUCCGCGGCAUCUUCGCCCGUCAAGUCGUCACAACAAUCACAUCGACCCCCGAGACGACAGCAGAGAGCGCCUCCGAAAGUGACCUCAGCGGGGGCGCCAUCGCUGGCAUCGUCAUCGGCUCUAUCGCCGGCUUCUUCCUCCUCCUGUGGAUUGUCAAGUCGUGUGGUAUGUGGAGCCGGCCCAACGACUGGUCCGAGAAGAACGAGUACGACGAGCGCAGUCGCCGGUACCGCGGCAGAUCCCCGAGUUCGCGGUACCGGAGGCGUACCCAGCACCGGUACCACCAGGAGAUAUCCCGGUCGAGACACUCGCACAGCCGCCACCCUUCAUACGUGGUCGAAGAGGUCCGCUACUCGCUGCCCGUGGUCUCUGAUAAUAAGAGGAGGACGAGCGGGUCGCCUUUGCCGCCGGCGAAAGUGUACCGCAGCAGUCGCAGCAAGACAAGAUACUAG